AUGAGUAUGUUUGCGGGAGUUCCUGAUGACAACGCAUGCGUAGAUGAUCCUUUGUUUACCAAGGGAGGUAAAACAUGCAGUAAUUUAGUGCGGGAGUCUACAACAAGCGAAUGUUACGACCCGGCUGCAACAACUACACAUAUAGCAACAACAGAAUCUAGUCAAACGAUAACUGAGCAGACGUCAUCAACUACAGAAACCCAAACCACAUCAGACACAACGACAUCCGGUUCAACUACAACAGAAUUGGAAACCACAUCAGAUUCAACGACAUCGGGUCUUACUACAACAGAAGCGCAAACCACAUCAGAUACAACGACAUCGGGUCCAACUACAACAGAAGCGCAAACCACAUCAGAUUCAACGACAUCGGGUCUUACUACAACAGAAGCGCAAACCACAUCAGAUACAACGACAUCGGAUCAUACUACAACAGAAGCGCAAACCACAUCAGAUACAACGACAUCGGGACCGACAACAACGGAAGUGCAAACCACAUCAGAUACAACAACAUCGGGUCCAACUACAACAGAAGCGCAAACCACAUCAGAUACAACAACAUCGGGUCCAACUACAACAGAAGCGCAAUCAACAUCAGAUACAACGACAUCGGGACCGACAACAACGGAAGCGCAAACCACAUCAGAUACAACGACAUCGGGACCGACAACAACGGAAGAGCAAACCACAUCAGAUACAACAACAUCGAGUCCAACUACAAUAGAAACGCAAUCAACAUCAGAUACCACGACAUCGGGACUGUCAACAACAGAAGCGCAAUCAACAUCAGAUACAACGACAUCGGGACCGACAACAACGGAAGCGCAAACCACAUCAGAUACCACGACAUCGGGUCCAACUACAAUAAAAGCGCAAUCAACAUCAGAUACCACGACAUCGGGACCGACAACAACAGAAGCGCAAACCACAUCAGAUACAACGACAUCGGGUCUUACUACAACAGAAGCGCAAACCACAUCAGAUACAACGACACCAAGUCCAACAACAACAAAAGCGCAAUCCACAUUAGAUACCACGACAUCAUCUGGUCCAACUACUACAGAAGCGCAAACCACAUCAGAUACAACGACAUCGGGACCAACAACAACAGAAGCGCAAACCACAUCAGAUACAACGACAUCGGGACCGACAACAACGGAAGCGCAAACCACAUCAGAUACAACGACAUCGGGACUUACUACAACAGAAGCGCAAACCACAUCAGAUUCAACGACAUCGGGACCAACAACAACAGAAGCGCAAACCACAUCAGAUACAACGACAUCGGGACCGACAACAACGGAAGCGCAAACCACAUCAGAUACAACAACAUCGGGUCCAACUACAACAGAAGCUCAAACCACAUCAGAUACAACAACAUCGAGUCCAACUACAACAGAAGCUCAAUCAACAUCAGAUACAACGACAUCGGGUCCUACUACAACAGAAGCUCAAACCACAUCAGAUACAACAACAUCGAGUCCAACUACAACAGAAGCUCAAUCAACAUCAGAUACAACGACAUCGGGUUCAACUACAACAGAAGAGCAAACCACAUCAGAUACAACGACAUCAGGUCCUACUACAACAGAAGAGCAAACCACAUCAGAUACAACGACAUCGGGUCCAACUACAACAGAAGCGCAAACCACAUCAGAUACAACGAGAUCGGGACCAACAACAACGGAUGUGCAAACCACGUCAGAUACAACGACUUCGGGUCUUACUACAACAGAAGAGCAAACCACAUCAGAUACAACGACAUCAGGUCCAACUACAACAGAAGCGCAAACCACAUCAGAUACAACGACAUCAGGUCCAACUACAACAGAAGCGCAAACCACAUCAGAUACAACGACAUCGGGACCAACAACAGUGGAUGUGCAAACCACAUCAGAUACAACGACAUCUGGUCCAACUACAACAGAAGCGGAAACCACAUCAGAUACAUCGACAUGGAAACCAAAAACAACGGAUAUGCAAACCACAUCAGAUACAACGACAUCGGGUCCAAUUGCAACAGAAGCGCAAACCACAUCAGAUUCAACGACAUCAGGUUCAACUACAACAGAAGCGAAAACCCCCACAGAUACAACGACAUCAGGACCAACAACAACGGAUGUGCAAACCACAUCUAAUACAACGACAUCAGGUCCAACUACAACAGAAGCGCAAAUCUCACCAGAUACAACGACAUCAGGUCCAACUACAACAGAAGCGCAAACCACAUCAGAAACAACAACAUCGGGUCCAACUACGGCAGAAGCGAAAACCACAUCAGAUACAACAACAUCGGGUCUUACUACAACAGAAGUGCAAACCACAUCAGAUACAACGACAUCGGGACCAACAACAACGGAAGCGCAAUCAACAUCAGAUACAACAACAUCGGGUCCAACUGCAACAGAAGUGCAAACCACACCAGAUACAACAACAUCGGGUCCAACAACAACAGAAAUGCAAACCACAUCAGAUACAACGACAUCGGGUCCAACUACAACAGAAGCGCAAACCACAUCAGAUACAACGACAUCGGGUCCAACUGCAACAGAAGCGCAAACCUCAUCAGAUACAACGACAUCGGGUCCAACUACAACAGAAGCGCAAACCUCAUCAGAUACAACGACAUCGGGUCUUACUACAACAGAAGCGCAAUCAACAUCAGAUACUAUGACAUCAUCGGGUCCAACUACAACAGAAGCCCAAACCACAUCAGAUACAACGACAUCGGGACCAACAACAACAGUAGUGCCAUCCACAUCAGAUACAACGACAUUGGGUCCACCUACAACAGAAGCACAAACCACAUCAGAUACAACGACAUCUGGUCGACCUACAACAGAAGCGCAAUCCACAUCAGAUACAACGACACCAAGUCCAACUACAACAGAAUCUCAAUCCACAUCAGAUACCACGACAUCAUCGGGUCCAACUACUACAGCAGUGCAAACAACAUCAGAUACAAUGACACCUAGUCCAACAACAACAGAAGUAAAAACCACAUCAGAUACAACGACAUCAUCAGGUCAAACUACAACAGAAGCGCAAACCUCAUCAGAUACAACGAAAUUGGGUAUAACUACAACAGAAGCACAAACCACAUCAGAUACAACAACAUCGAGUCCAACUACAACAGAAGGGCAAUCCACAUCAGAUACAGCGACAUCGAGUCCAACUGCAACAGAAGGGCAAUCCACAUCAGAUAUCACGACAUCAUCGGGUCCAACUACAACAGAAGCGCAAACCACAUCAGAUACAGCGACAUCGAGUCCAACUGCAACAGAAGGGCAAUCCACAUCAGAUAUCACGACAUCAUCGGGUCAAACUACAACAGAAGCGCAAACCACAUCAGAUACCACGACAUCAUCAGGUCAAACUACAACAGAAGCGCAAACCACAUUAGAUAUAAAGACAUCGGGACCAACAACAACGGAAGUGCAAUCCACAUCAGAUACUGCUACAUUUGGUCCACCAUCAACAGAAAUAACACCUACAACAACAGAAGUGCAAACCACAUCAGAUACAAUGACAUUAGGACCAACAUCAACAGAAGUGCAUUCUACAUCAGAUACAACAAUAUCAGAAUCAACAACAACAGAAGUGCAAAUCACAUCAGAUACCACAACAUCGGGUCCAACAUCAACAGAUAUAACAUCUAAAACCACAGUAGCGCAAUCCACAUCAGAUACUACGACACUGGGACCAACUACAACGGAACCUCAAACGGCAACAAUUGAAUUCACAUCCACAACCACAGAAACAGCAUCUACAACAACAGAAUCUCAAAUAACAUUAGAUACCACUACAUCCGGUCCUACCACAACAGAAAUAACGUCCACAACCACAGAAACGGCGGUUAAAACAACAGAAAUUCAAAUCACAUUAGGGACCACAACAUCGGAUUCACUUACAACCGAAAUAACAUACACAACAACAGAAGCUCAAACCUCAACAGGCACCAAGACGUCGGGUCCGACAACAACAGAAUUAGCAUCCACAACAACAGAAACUCAGACCUCAUCAGGCACCAAGACGUCGGGUCCGACAACAACAGAAAUAGCAUCCACGACAACAGAAAUUCAGACCUCAUCAGGCACCAAGACGUCGAGUCCGACAACAACAGAAAUAGCAUCCACGACAACAGAAAUUCAGACCUCAUCAGGCACCAAGACGUCGGGUCCGACAACAACAGCAACAGCAUCCACAACAACAGAAACUCAAACCUCAUCAGGCACCAAGACGUCGGGUCCGACAACAACAGAAAUAGCAUCCACGACAACAGAAACUCAGACGUCGGGUCCGACAACAACAGAAAUAGCAUCCACGACAACAGAAACUCAAACCUCAUCAGGCACCAAGACGUCGGGACCGACAACAACAGAAGUAGCAUCCACAACAGCAGAAACUCAAACCUCACCAGGCACCAAGACGUCGGGUCCGACAACAACAGAAAUAGCAUCCACUACAACAGAAACUCAAACCUCAUCAGGCACCAAGACGUCGGGCCCGACAAGAACAGAAAUAGCAUCCACAACAACAGAAACGGCAUCUAUAAUAACAGAAGCACAAACCACAUCAGAUAUUUCGGCACCCAGUCCGACAACAACAAAUAUAAAAUCAAAAACCACAGACACGGUUUCUACAACAACAGAAACGCAAACCAUAUCAGAUACCUCGACAGCUGAUCCGACUACAACAAAAAUAUCACCAACAGCAACAGAAGAACAAUCUACGCCAGAUUCGACAUCUCCUGGUCCGACAGCAACAGAAAUAAAAUCAACAACAACAGAAACAGAGCCUGCAAUCACAACAAACCUAACAACGUCAGACGGUGGAAAUGCUUCGUCUACGGACAGUGACGUCAUUGAAACAGACCAGACGACAUCAAAUGAUUUGGCAGUCAUUCUUUCGUCGACGAUUUGCGCUUUUCUUUUAUUGCUGCUUUUGUUGGUUGGAUUUGUGUGGUUUAUUGUCAGACGAAGGCUAAAUUUAGCAAAGAAGUUAUCAGAAAAUUCUUCAGACUACAACCAGUUUACAUACACAAGGCGAUGGCUUCAAGAACCUGACAGAAGCUUAUCAGAUGCUUCCUACAUGUACCCUUUUCGACAAAAUAAUUUUGCACAAUAUCCGGAACGUGUUGAAAAUGGAGUGUACAACCAAUGGAAACUGACUAGAAAACCUAGUUACGCGAGUUUCGGACUACGAACUGCGUAUAGUUCUAUACAUGACUGGUACACAUCACUUCCGUUCUUGAGACGUCACUUCCCGUCUUGAAAAGAACAUUUUUAAGGGAGAUCGUCAAAAACGACUUCCGGUAGUACAGGAGAAGAUAACUCCAGAAACAUUCGCAGAAUCAAUAGGAAUGUAGCUAGAAAUUGUUUACACGGAUAAGACACGCUUAUAAAUGUCUCGUUUUUACUGAAUGGGGUGCUAAUGUGUCCUAGGAAUAUUAGUUCAUGUCAUAAACAAAUCCAGUGCCAUGAAAAAAUUCCAAGAACCAAGAUUUGACCUAUUUUCAAUUCUGGAAUGGGGCGCUGUUGCCUGAAUUAUAUAUAUGAUUCGCCUUACUGACGUGCAAUUAUUAAUAUAGAAGGGUUU